CAUUGAAGAGAAUAACAAAGUUGAGAGGUGUUCAAACAUGGCGGGCAGUACAUCUCCGGUUUCGAAGCAGGCAUUUCAUGAGACCUACGAGCUAAAGGAGGAACUGGGAAAAGGCGCGUUCAGCAUUGUUCGUCGAUGUGUAAAUAAAGAGACGAGACUCGAGUAUGCCGCGAAAAUUAUCAACACGAGAAAAUUAUCAUCUAGAGAUCUUCAGAAGCUCGAACGAGAAGCCAGGAUCUGCCGCCUACUGAAGCAUCCUAACAUUGUUAGACUCCAUUCUAGCAUUGCAGAAGAAGGAUAUCAUUAUCUAGUGUUUGACCUAGUAACAGGAGGAGAAUUAUUUGAAGACAUUGUUGCCAGGGAAUACUACAGUGAAGCAGAUGCAAGUCAUUGCAUACAGCAGAUACUGGAAAGUGUUCAUCACUGCCAUCACAACAAAGUAGUUCAUCGGGAUUUGAAGCCUGAGAAUUUACUCCUUGCAAGUAAAGAAAAAGGUGCAGCCGUCAAGCUAGCUGAUUUUGGGUUAGCAAUUGAAGUUGAUGGGGACAAGCAUGGGUGGUAUGGUAAGUACAAUGUUACAUAAAUAAAGGNAGGUUAUCUUUCUCCUGAAGUCCUCAAGAAGGAGCCAUAUGGCAGAUCUGUGGACUUAUGGGCCUGUGGUGUUAUCUUGUACAUUUUACUUGUUGGUUACCCUCCUUUUUGGGAUGAAGACCAACACAAAUUGUAUGCUCAGAUAAAGGCUGGUGCCUAUGAUUAUCCAUCCCCAGAAUGGGAUACAGUCACAGAUGAGGCAAAGGAGCUCAUUAACACUCUGUUGUGCGUUGAUCAGUCCAAAAGGAUAACAGCUACAGAGGCCCUGAAACAUCCGUGGAUCGUGAACCGUGAACGUGUGGCUUCUAAAGUACACAGACAAGAAACGUUGGACGGAUUGAAGAAAUUCAAUGCCCGAAGGAAACUUAAGGGUGCCAUCUUAACAACCAUUGUGGCUCGUAGGUUUUCUGCUAACUCAGUUCGACCUUUUGUCAGUAAGAAAAAGGGAUCAGACGAAGAACUUACGGUUCAUUCUGAAGAUGAACACGAGGUUGAUGCGGUAGCAAAUAAAGGUAAAGAACAACACAUCAUUCAGCUGACUCAGAAGUUGAUUACUAGUAUCACUACUGGGGACUUCGAAACCUACAGCAAAUUAAUUGACCCACAUGUGACAGCGUUUGAACCAGUUUCGAACGGUAACUUAGUUGAGGGCUUGGAGUUCCACAAGUUUUAUUUUGACAAUUUGCACAGCAAAAGAGCAACACCAGUCAAUACAACUAUUUUGUCGCCCCACGUACACAUGCUAGGAGAUGAAGCUGCUUGUAUCUGCUACGUUCGGCUUCAACAGUUCUUAAGCAGUGCCGGUGUACCGUUGACAAGGCAGACGGAGGAAACACGAGUAUGGCAGAAAAAGUCUGGACAUUGGAUCAACGUACAUCUACAUACAUCAAACGCGACAUGUAGUCCGAAAAGUUAAGACAAGUGGGCUGCUUAUGGUUUUACCUGACGUCAUUGUCAUGGCGGGAGUAGUUUUGCGUAUAGCGCUUUGAAACAAUACAUGAAACGAGUGGCACGUGACUACGCAGGACGCGCGCAAUACAUGAUGGUCAUUGACUUUGUCAAAGUAGUGAAACUGAAUCGCAAAAAGGUUUCCUAUCCCAGAACAUAAUGCUUAAUUUGAACUGGGUUAAGUUGCAUUUUGUACUGUACUGCGUUCAGCUGCACCAUGUUGUAAUAUCUAGCUUUGGUCAUGCUUAUAUGGGUUAUAUAUUAGAAUUUUUUUUCCAAGGUUGUAAAUACUAUCUAAGGUAAUAAUAUAGUUGCUUUCAAUACUGCAAUGUAGUUAUGAAAAUAGUCGCUUUUUCCACUGAAGGCCAUGGAAACGUAGGCCGAGUUCUCACAAUUGGGAGUUAUUUAUUUAUUAAUUUUUUUCCCAAAUUUAGGGAUUAUUGCUGCACAUAAUUCUUGGAAAUGUCAGAAUUUGCUAGUUGUGUUAUCUUAAUGUGGAAGAUGUAGGUUUAGUAAAAAAAAAGUUGUGCGAUACAACUGAAUUUAGGAUUAUAAUUUUUACAUGUUACUCUUUGGGGUAUGAUGAGGGUAUAACUACUUCAGAAAAUAUUUUACAAGUUAUUAAAACUUGUUAUUAAAUGACAAAAUAUAUGACACUAACAAAAUUAUUCUGUUACAGUUGGCUCUACAUUAGGAAGGAAAUAUUUGGCACUAAAAAGUUUCAACUGUUUUAUUAUUAUUUCUCAUAUUUUAUGAUGAUGAUGAUGAUGAUGAUGAUUAUGAUUAUUAUGAUUAUUAUUAUUAUUGAAGAUUGAAUUCCAAAUAGUUGCUGUUUAUGUUGAUAAUUUUACUAGUGAACUCUUAUUAUGCUUCAGCUAUGCAAGUUUAAAAUGAAUGCAAUUUUUUUAGGAUUAUUAUUAGGUAGGCUUUUCUGAUGUUUUGAAAAUUCUCGAUAUUUAGUCAUUUUAUUAUUAUUAUUAUUAAUAUUUUAUUGUAGUUAUCUUUAUUGACAUUCUUAUUAUCGCUAUCAUAACACGGGUAACAUUUCAAGUGAUUCAGAGGCAAUUCUCGAUUGAAUGCCAUGUUGUAAAACCAAAUCCAAGGUUAUUCUAACAGCCAGUCAAAACAAAGGAAAAACGUAGCGACAAUUCAAGGAGGUUGUAAGCAAACUUCUGUAAGCGCGACCAUUAGAUUAAGUUGUGCCCCAGACAGUUUCGCGCAGAACAUAGCGUGCUAUUUUAGAAAAAAAUCAGCGAGCACGCAAAUAACACUCCAGAGUUGCUUUCGACAUUCAGUUGAGAAUUUCUUUGUACCGAAAAUUGAGUAAUCUCAUUUAAAUAGCUAACUGAAUCUAUGUGAUUUACGAGAGCUUCAAACCUGCUGGCUUAAAAAACCUGUCAUUGAUUCGUUAACUUCCAUCGGACAUUAUUAAUACGCACCAGUUUGAGUAUUUUGUAGUGGGCGUUCAUGUCUAACCUGCUUCCAGGAUUUGAAAUUCAGGGUAAGGGAUCUUUUAAGCUUUGCUCUCUUAGGAUUGUUGGAAUUGUCAAUAUUUCGUAAAUUCCGUCGUGCCUUUUAUUUUUGUCGAGUUUCUUUGGAGUUCUUGUCUUGUUUCUCUUGCCUCUGAUUUAGUCGGGACUUUCGUCUCCUAAGACAAAUCUGAAGCAAGGACUAUCAUGUUUUCAAGUAAUUUGUGUCACUUUUCUUUUUACCAAAACGUGUCUGGAAGUUGUACUCUUCGUAACUUUUAAAUCAAGUCUAAUUCCGGAUUUUACACUCUUUAAGUUUUCAUCAGAGCAAUGCAGAAGUGUCUGUGUGGAUUCAAGUUACACUGUAGCUCCACUAAUUUCUCCAUGACCAUCGAAUUAUCUCUUUUCCAAUAGCAAUCGCAGUUUUUCAAGUAAACAUUUUGUGCCCCAGGCCAAAUUGCUCUACCAGUAGUACUAACUACCUAUCUAACCGUUUUAGACUGACAGACUGUUAUUGCGCGUGGGCACGCGUCGCUAAAUAGCUGUUGUAAAAAUUUAUUGUUGUUAACUGUCUUAGUUGAACUAAUUCAGACUGUAAUUGAUAAAAACAACUCAAUGCUUCAAAUUAAAUAAAGAUGGCCGUGGCUGUG